AAGGGGACGGUAAGGGAAGGUACCGUGUUGUUUGUGGUCUGCCGGCAGUGUGUUGCCCUGGCUGGUAUGUUGUUAUUGCUAUGAUCCCUAUACCCUUGGUGGUGACGGUUCUCGGAGGAUGGUGUGUGAUUUACCUGGCGGACACGUUACUUUUGUCCUCAAAAUCUCUGAAGACCAAUUAUGAAGAAUGGCUGUCCACGCAAGGGCUCAGCAUCUCACCGUUUCACAUCCGUUGGCAAACAAAUAUCUUCAACCGCCUCUUCUAUAAGUGGGGGAGGUGGAAACCUAGAUUCUUAUACCUUUGGUUCAGCAUGGGUAUGGUAUUUGGAGUCCUCGCAAUGUUUGGCUCCAUGAUCCUUUUGGGGAAGACUCUCGUACAGACUCUAAAUCAGAUGAUGGCAGAAAGUCCAGCAUCCCAAAACGAUCGCAUCCUGCAGGUUGUGGUGCCUGGUGUAAAUCUUCCCAUUAGCCAGCUGUCAUAUUUCUUCUCUGCAAUUUUCAUCAGCGGUGUCAUACAUGAGAUCGGCCAUGGAAUGGCAGCCGUAAGAGAAACAGUGCGCUUUAAUGGCUUCGGAAUAUUUAUCUUCAUUCUUUAUCCCGGGGCAUUUGUGGAUCUGCUGACCACUCACCUGCAGAUGGUUUCUCCUGUUCAGCAACUGCGGAUAUUUUGUGCAGGGGUCUGGCAUAAUUUCAUUCUCGGUCUGGUGGGCAUUUUGAUAUUGUUUCCGCUUCCUGCUCUUCUGUAUCCGUUUUACUACACUGGAGUUGGAGCGCUUGUUACUGAAGUUGUAGAGGAUUCACCUGCCAGCGGACCAAGGGGACUGUUUGUACAAGACAUUGUCACCCAGGUACAAGACUGUCCAGUGACCAAUGUGGAUGGCUGGCAUGCGUGCCUAGCAGAUAUAUCUCAGAAACCACAGGUUGGCUACUGUAUGAACUCGGCCACUCUUCAGCAGCUUCACUUCCCAAGCAGAGUGUAUAAAAGACUGGAUGGAUCUAUCGAGUGUUGCAGUAACAACAGCCUUUCCGACAUAUGCUUCUCAUACAGCGGUAAUACGCGGAAUCAAUUGUAUGUCUGUCUGCCAGCCAGAAAGGCAAUCCAAAAAAGCCCCGAAUGUCGAUCGGAUAUAGAUUGUCAGAAGGGAGAUGCUUCCAGCAUUUGUGCUAUCCCAUCUAUUGAGAAUCAAACUCGUCUUAUCAGAGUAAAGCACCCACCUCAAUUGGAAAUGCUCUUCAUAGGAUACCCUGUACAUCUGGAAUAUGCCGUGAGUCUCAGCAGUUUUGUUCCAAGAUAUAACUUUCUCAGCAUACACCUGCCAGUGGUCAUUGAAACCUUCUGCAAAUAUCUGAUUUCUCUGUCGGGAGCUUUGGCUGUGAUUAAUGCUGUUCCAUGCUUUGCUUUGGAUGGACAAUGGAUACUUAACUCUUUCCUCGAAGCCACAUUAAGUUCUUUUGUUGUCCAAAAAGAGAACCGAGAGCUCCUGGGGUUCUUCAUCCUACUAGCAGGCAGUGCUCUGUUAAUGGCAAAUGUGGUUCUAGGACUGUGGAUGGUGACAGCCCGGUAGUCUUUUCUGUGUUUCUUCUCCAGGCUUGACCCGUGCUGAAAAUAAAAAAUAAAAAACUAAUUUUAAUAGGAUUAUCCUCUUUUGGAAAAAAAAAUCCAACAAUAUUUUAUGAAUCAUUCCAAAUGUUCUUGUACGAUGACAAACCACCAAAACCAAGAAAAAACAAAGAGAAACUUUGUCCAGUUAUACUGUGAUUGACAUAAUCAACUAUGCUUUCCUGGUGGAACUGACUAAAAAGAAGACGCAAAGCCUAUUAUCCGGAAAAAAAUAAA